CAGGAUGUCAUUCAAUUGUUAUUAAAUGAAUGGCGCCACCAAAGCAAUUAUCUUUCGCUAGUUGUUAGCUGUGCAUACCUGGCUGUAGGGUAUAUAGUUGUAUCGCCUGGUUUCACUAGCUAUAGCUAUAACACUAAAUCUAUUUGAUGACAACAAUGACCAAUGGUACUGGUAUAAGUGUGUGUGUUAUUGGUGCUGGCACAGCAGGACUUACGGCUUUGAAAAACUCUUUGGAACAUCAGCUGAAUGUGGUUUGCUAUGAACAGGGCAAAGUGUUGGGUGGCACCUGGGUAUACGAGGAUCUGUCGCCCAAUAUUCGUGACGAUGAUGAAAUACACAGCAGCAUGUAUCAAGGUCUAAGAACUAAUCUCCCCAAGGAAGUAAUGGGCUAUUUGGAUUUUCCCUAUCCCCAAUCGAUGCAAGAAUCUUUUGUAGGUUCUCAAGUGGUUUUGGAUUUUUUGAAUUUAUAUGCCGAUCAUUAUAAUUUAAAAAGGCAUAUCAAAUUUCAACAUGAAGUCGUAAGAGUUAAACCACGCUGCAAUAAUCAAUGGGAGGUCCACGUUUUAGAUCAUUGCACAGAUAAGUGUUUUGUGACCGUGUUCGAUAGAAUCUUUAUUUGCAAUGGUCAUUACACAAAGCCUCAGUAUCCUCGUAUAGAUGGAAUGGAAUUAUUUCAAGGUUGUAAAAUGCACAGUCAUAUCUAUCGAGAACCACAAAAGUUUAAGGGUGAAAAUGUGCUAAUUAUUGGUGCAGGACCAUCCGGCAUGGAUUUGGCUAAUCACAUUAGUAAAACGGCCAACAGGAUAUUUCUCAGUCACCACUUAAAGGAAGCGCCCGAUACAGAUUUCAUGGGAACCGUUACACAGAAACCCGAUGUAAAGCGUUUCACACGAACAGGGGCUAUUUUCAAAGAUGGCACCGAAGAGGAGUUCUCUUGCGUCAUAUUUUGUACUGGCUAUCAAUAUUCAUUUCCAUUUCUGAGCGUUGACUGUGGCAUCUAUGUGACCAACAACCAUGUCCAACCACUGUACAAACAUUGCAUAAAUAUUCAACACCCUACUAUGGCGAUCAUUGGUAUACCAUAUCUGGUUUUGCCCACACAGUGUUUCGAUCUGCAGGUGCGAUUUGCAUUGAAAUACUUUGUCAAUGAAAAAGAGCUGCCUUCGACAGAGGAAAUGAUGGAAGAACUUCGCCGUGAUAUGAAGGAAAGAAAAGAACGGGGUCUGUCCGAGAGAGAUGCUCAUCAAAUGGGUGAAAAACAGUUCGAUUAUUACAAAGAGCUUGCCGCAGUUGCGGGCCACAAUGUGAAGCCGGUCAUUGCUAAAAUUAUGAAGGACUGCUCCAAGAAAUACAUCUAUGAACUGGAAACCUAUCGCGAAUACCAAUUUACAAUUGUGGAUGAUGAGUAUUUCGUUAAAGUACCAUCAAAAUGAAAAGCUGUUCUUGAGCUUUAUUCUCUGCAUUUACUGUUAUCAUAUUUUUACAUACAUUUUUU